AUGUUCCGCUGGUUUUUCCAAGGUGACAACGUCGCCAGAAGUUUCGAUUCUCCAUCUGAAACUCAAAGUGCUCGUGAUGAUCGAAAGACAAUCGGUGACUACGCGGAUAACUUUUUGUUGUUCGAUUUGGUAAUCGGAGAAGUUGAAAUGGCAGUUGUACGGUACGAGUUGGAUAAAGAAAUGAAAGAAGAAGAAGAGAGAAAAGCUGAACGACGUCCAGAUUACUCGUGGUUAAUGUCUGGAGGAUCUCGUCGAUUCAGAAAGCAACUCGAUGCUGGAGAAAGAAAUCGAAUUGAAAACGCGUGCGAACGACUGAAACCAUGUGAAUGGUCGAAAACAAUUGAGACGUGGAAGAUGAAGACGAAGAAUCCAGAAUCUCGCGAUGACAUCAUCAAACUAUUCGUUGCUGCCACUCACGACACCAUUCAAUCCAGGAAGCACGAGCCAACAAUUACAGAAGUUCUCAAGAAUUUCGCUACUGGAAAAUCUGGGCAUACAGUAAGACACGGAGAGUCUCCACGCGAGAAUCUUUCAUCAAGAAAUCUUGCGGAACUCUCGUUUAUUGAGUUGCAAGAAAUUGUCUAG